AUGUUUUCGAAGUUAAAACUGAAAAAAGCACCACUAUCACUUAGUUCGGUAUCAAAUAUAAUCAAAACUUCAGGAAUAUCAAAUCUUUCCCCGGAAUCGCUAAACGCUAAGACAUUAAGCGUAUCCAUUAACGAACAGUUUGGCCUUCCCAAAAAUUCCAUUACAGCUAUUGCUUACGAUCCAAUUCAAUCAUUGUUGGCUGUUGCUACCACUAGUAAUGACGUAAGGGUAUAUGGACAAAAAUCUGUCGAAGUUGUGUUUGAGUUCAAUACGUCAAGUCCAAUGACUGAACUUAGGUUUAUCAAGGGUAUCUAUUUGGUAGGAAUUCUGCCGGGAGGGAGCGGUAUCACUGUAUUAUCCUUACAUUCCAAGAAUAUCUUAGGUACAUUUCUGCCGCCAGGAACAAUUACAGCCAUUGAUCUGGAUCCAUCACUCGAUUUUUUGAUCGUCGGGUUGUCAAAUGGGUCUGUAGUAUUCUACGAUGUGGAUAGAUUGGCACUUACACCAUUUCGGAUUGAUAAUUUGCAAAAAAAAAUAAUGCCUAAACAAAAAAUGUCUCUGGUACUAGGAAUAGAGUGGCACCCAAGAGAUAUAGGUACAAUAUUAAUAACAUAUUCGCACUCUGCAAUCAUAUAUUCUUUGACAACAGGAGAAAUUAAGAGUUCGUUAAUUUAUCAAAUAUCUAGAGAAGCCAAGGGAUUUGCCCACUCUUUAAAUAUUACUAAUGGAGGUAAAAAGAAAAUGUUCGGAUCAUCGAAAGAGGUUAUAGUUCCACUUCUUGAAGCUCAUUUUCACCCGAAUGGAUUACAUGUAGUCACUGUUCACAAGGACAACACAUUGUCAUUUUGGGACGGUAAUGAUGGUACAUUGUUGGAAGCCAGAAACCUUUUUGAGACUAAUUUACAAAAGCCAGGUGAGCCAAUCGAGACACCAUUGAAUUUUGCUCCAUUUGAAAAUGUCAGAUGGGUAUGUUCCCAAGAUCCAGAAUUGACACAAUUAAUCAUAUGCGGUGGUGAUUCAAACCAGGGGAAUUUGAUUCAUAUUUUAGACUUCGGUUAUACCUUAAAAUAUUCGUUAACAUCACACGAGAAACAAGGUCAAUUUUAUGCUCAGCCAAGCUCGGGCCAAAGAAUCAUUCCCAUUACACUCAACAAUAACACUGAUAGUGAACCCGAGUAUAUUUCUAAGAUAUUGCCAGUUCCAAUUGAUAGUCUGCCCUACUUCGGUGGUAACCAUAACCCUUCUUAUUUGAUGAUGUUAAGUAACAUUGGAUCUCUUUAUAUCUCAGAAUAUUCGAGUUCUGGAGAACCACCCUCUGACAUGAGUGGGUUGAUUUUACCAUUGUCCUUGUCAUUAGUCCAACCUCCUGUCAUAUGUGCAAGUAUAAUUACGGUGAAAAGAAUUGACUGGUAUAGUAUUUUGAGUACCAAAGCUUCAUCUGGUGGUGGGGCUAGUAAUUUGCUGUUGCUUAAGGGAGGAGCUCCUGUCACCCAUAAAAAUGCUCCAAGGCCCACUGGUUAUGAUGAUGGCUCACGUAAUAUUUUAAUAACCGGUCACGAAGGUGGAAUAGUGAGGUUAAAGGAUAUAUCCAGGGGAGAAUAUCAAGAGGAUAACUUGUUACAAGUCAGUUUAAGAGAUACAAUGUAUGAUAAUGGUGAACCAAAUUGUAUGAGUAUUGUUGAUGUAUCGCUCGGGUUACAGAAUAAAGAGAUGUUAGUGGGUAUGGGAAAUGGUGAUGUUGUGAUUUGUAAAUUUGGUAAAAUCAAUAUUUCUCAUACUAAAGGGAGUAGUAGUGGCAUUGAUUAUCGUAAUUGUCCGGUUCAACAUAGUAAUUCUGAUGCUAAAAUCCACAAUAUCAAAGAUCGUGUGGUCGGUAUGUUCGCUAGUUCUAGUACUUUCUUGCCCGUAUCUUUACUCAAGUUAGACAAUCCAGACCAGAUAUCAUGCUUGAAGAUGAGUAACGUUGGGUUUGCAGCAAUCGGGUAUAAAUCUGGUAGAAUGGUAGUCUGUGAUAUCUCUAGAGGUCCUGCAAUUAUUUACAACAUCGAGUCGAUUAAGAAGCACUUAAUCACAACAGAAGGUAAUUGUUACAUAACUACUAUGGAGUUUGCCAUAAUGGAAUACGGACAAGAUGGGUACUCAUCUGUAAUUUUAUUAUGUGGUACCAACGGCGGAGGAAAUUUAAUGGUUUUCAAGGUCAUUCCUCAAGGAAACGGUGGGUUUGAAGUAGUUUUCAUGAAUAAGACCACCAAUCUUAAUUACAGAGUUCUUGGAGGUGAAGAUGCCGGAAAUUCCAAACUUGACAAACUUAUUCCUAUCAAUUCCAGUAGUGGUGGUAGUGCUGUGGCUAGCAUGGAGAUGUUCCAAAAGCUUAGUCAUGGCAUAGUUAUUCCAGGUAUGGUUAUCACAACAUCCAAUCGAGAUAUCAGAGUAUUGCAAUUGCCUAAAACAAAGUUAUCACACAAGGUUAUUGACGAAUCCUGUCUUGCAUGUGGUGUUAUUAGGGUUAGAGAUAAAGGAAUUGUUUUGGCGUCUCUUGUUAAACUGGGAUUCAUUAAGUUUUCUUCAAUUCCAUCAUUGAAUGAUAUCGCCGAUGUCAAAUUACCAAAGGAGGUCUAUAACAAGCUUAAAAAUACUUUGAAUUCUGAAAUAUCUUCACAAUCUGACAUUUUAGUUACAGGUGAAAUGUUUGUCAGAUUAGGACCUACAGAGGGAAUAAAUCUCUCUGCGUAUAUUUCCGAGUCUAAAGAGAAGAAACUGAAGGAACCCCACGCUACAGACUUGUUAUUUAAUGAAAAUGCCAUUAUACCCCCCAGACCCGCAGCUGGCGCCAUACAAUGGGCUAAGGGUCAAACAAGGUAUAUUAGUAGUUCGGACUUAAUCGGGUUGAUUGCAGGGCCCAAUAGACGAGCCACCAAAAAUAUUGAGAGUGAAUUAGCCCACAAUAUUAGCCCCGAAGCGAACCCGAAUGCUGGAUACGGGUUUCAGGGGUACCUGAGUGAUAAACCAGAAAAAGACUACAAAGACCCUGUUCGUAAGGCAACAGGCCCAGGCUACGGAUAUGGUAUGGGUGGCGGUGGACUUAUGAGAAACUUGCAAUCGGGUGUCGAAUCAAUGGAAGAAACCGUCAAUGGGUAUGCCAACAACAUGAGUGAAUCCAUGAACGAAUCUCUUGCAAGUCUGAAAAAGGCUGUAUUCAAUGCAGCACUUAAAAACAAACUUGGGUUCUAA